AUGGCGACCUUUGCGAGAUCCAACCGGGUCGUGUUCAAUGUGAUCAUUUGUGUCGUUCCCUUCUUGUUUUUCAUGUCCCUUUAUCAUGUCUCGUACAAUUACAAUGACAUUAUAGAUAAAGUAAACGGAAAGACAUCACCAGAGAAACACGCGCCGAACACGCCGCCGAAAGUUGAACCCCCAAAGAUCGGAACCCCCAAGCUGGAAGACGCCAACGUUGCAGCCCCCAAGGUCGAAGCCCCCCCCAAAGUUGGAGCCCCGAAAGUCGACACCAAGAGGCCCUCCUUCCGUGAGAUCGGGAAGAAAUUCGGCACCGACAAGGUCACCGCACACCACUACCAGCACAUGUACGAGAAGUACCUUGAGCCGCUCCGCGACGAGCCGCUGAAGAUGCUCGAGAUUGGCCUCGGCUGCGACAUGUCCUACGGCCCCGGCGCCUCGUACCACACCUGGCUCGAGUUCUUCCCCAAGGUCGACCUCUACUACAUCGAGUACGACGCGGCGUGCGCCGAGAAGUGGGCCGCCAACACCACCGGCGCCACCAUCUUCACCGGCGACCAGGCGGACGUGCCGUUCCUAAAGAAAUUCCUGAACGAGACGGGCGGCGGUUUCGACGUCAUUAUUGACGACGGCGGGCACACGAUGGAGCAGCAGAAGACCUCUAUCGAUAUCCUCUUCGAUUCGGUCAAGCCGGGUGGCAUCUACUUCGUCGAGGAUCUGGAGACUAGCUAUGCGGCAAAGUACGGCGGUGGUCAAGGCGUCGCGACCACGUUUGUGGAGCGCGUGAAGGCCAGUCUGGAUGGCAUGAUGCUGUCGAAGCCGACCCCGUAUUUCAUGGCCCACGUCUACUCGGUCGACUGCAUGAAGGAGGUCUGCGCAUUCUCGAAGAAAAUGCCUGGGGAAACCUACGACUGA